CCUGCUCCUGCCUCGGGCUCCGGCUAUCCGUACCAUCACGCACAUUCUCAUCAUCGUACUCGUUCUGCCGUAUCUCUGCCGUCAUCGGCAUCGAUCCUGUCGGGGAGUGGACCGGCUGUGUCCGCAGGCGCAGGCGUACCGACUGAGCGCAGACGGGCAGAGUGGUACGAGGCACCCCGGACUCGGCGUCUGUUCGCCCAAGAGGCUGACUCGGUUGGUGCGCUGAUGCUGGACAACGGGACGGACGGAGGGCAGGUGCAUGGCCGGAGGAUGAUCCGUGGCGAACCGGUUCAUUUGCGACAGACUGUGGGCGAUGCUCGUCCACCGACGCCUGAGACUGUGGUUGGCAAGCGGAUCUCACCGCUCAAGACCAACCCCAACCCGCAUGGCUUCAACAUCAUCUCCAACAUUGCCAACAACGCCCACAGGUUUGAGCCCAAGCCGCACACCCUCACCUCGCGCCGGCUUGCCAAUCACUCGCUCUACACACAUGAUAUUAUUUCGCAGUCGCCGCGCAAGGCGCCUGAUGCAGUCGACCCGCGGGUCCGCACCGGCGCCGUUGCCGACCCGGCCGACGCCUCCCACGCCGCCUCGCUCCGCGCCGCCCACACCCGUCGCGCUGUCCGCCCGGCCGACCACGACGUGCUCGGCGCUUCAACCGAUGCACCGCCGCCGCAACACCCCCCCUCACCGCACACCCGCCGUCUCGCGUCUGCCCGCCUCCUGGACCACGGCUACAACAUCGUGACCGGCCGCGACGCCAACGAUGAUGUGGUCCGCCCGGACCCGGUCCGCGCGCCCGGCCCGCGCCCAGCGCUAAAGGACCACCUUCGCCACGCUGCCAACCUCGACGACGCCGCCCCGCAAGUCGCCAUCUCGCGCCGCGGCAUUCCGGACGUCCGCCGCAACACGCUCGACCACAUGUGGCGGCUGAUGGCCAACGAUGACCCGGCCAAGCACCCGACUGCCGCGCCCGACCUGCCGCAUCCGCCUGCACCGCCGCCGGCCGAGCGUUACCAGCCUGCCCCCGUCCGUGCACUCCGCCGCGCUAUGCACGCCCCGGACCCGCAGCCGGCACCGGCGCCGCACAUCCCGUCCCGGCCGCCGUACGCACCAUCGGGAGCGGCACCGGCACCGCCGCGCCACAGAGUCUACCGCGACGAUGACCACGUCGGCGAUCUCCUCCGCCAGUCGGCCUCGCCGCGGGCGGUCCGCGCUGCCGCAGUUGCAGCUGUGGCCACGCCACGAAGCGAGGUUCGCGCCGAUGUGCCGCAGCUCUGCGGCGGUGCCGUACACUCCACGCAAUGA